AUGAUCGGAGGCCUGUUUGUGUACAACCAUAAGGGGGAGGUGUUGAUAUCGCGCGUGUAUCGGGACGAUAUCGGCCGGAACGCCGUUGAUGCGUUUCGUGUCAAUGUAAUCCACGCUCGGCAGCAAGUGCGCUCGCCACGUGCCAACAUCUGGUUGGCUGCAGUAACCAAGCAGAAUGUUAACGCAGCCAUGGUGUUUGAGUUCCUACUUAAAAUCAUAGAUGUCAUGCAGUCCUACUUUGGCAAGAUCUCCGAAGAAAACAUUAAGAACAACUUUGUUCUUAUCUACGAGUUGCUGGAUGAGAUCCUAGACUUUGGAUAUCCACAAAAUUCAGACACAGGUGUCUUGAAAACAUUCAUCACUCAACAAGGCAUCAAAUCUGCGUCUAAAGAGGAGCAGGCACAGAUUACUUCACAGGUCACUGGACAAAUAGGAUGGCGUCGGGAGGGUAUAAAGUACAGAAGAAACGAGCUCUUCCUGGACGUACUGGAAUAUGUCAACUUGCUGAUGUCACCGCAAGGGCAAGUGUUGUCAGCCCACGUGGCCGGUAAGGUAGUGAUGAAGUCAUAUCUGUCCGGUAUGCCCGAGUGCAAAUUUGGCAUCAAUGAUAAAAUCGUCAUGGAGGCCAAAGGGAAAGGAAACGGCGGUAUAUCCGGCAACACGGACAGUGACCCGGCACGAUCCGGCAAGCCGGUGGUGGUGAUCGACGACUGCCAGUUCCACCAGUAUCGCACUACAAAGGAUAUAUCGUUGCCUUUCCGUGUGAUCCCAUUGGUUCGUGAAGUGGGUCGCACCAAAAUGGAAGUGAAAGUUGUAUUGAAGAGCAAUUUUAAACCUUCGCUGUUGGGACAGAAGAUUGAAGUUAAGAUUCCCACGCCACUCAACACCAGUGGGGUUCAACUCAUCUGUUUAAAGGGCAAAGCGAAAUAUAAGGCAUCCGAGAACGCUAUUGUUUGGAAAAUAAAACGUAUGGCCGGUAUGAAAGAAACGCAGCUUUCCGCCGAGAUCGAGCUCUUGGAGACUGAUACCAAGAAGAAGUGGACCAGGCCGCCCAUAUCUAUGGGAUUCGAAGUUCCUUUCGCUCCCUCUGGAUUCAAGGUUCGCUAUCUGAAGGUGUUUGAACCGAAAUUGAAUUAUUCUGACCAUGAUGUAAUUAAAUGGGUGCGAUACAUCGGCCGCUCCGGACUCUACGAGACCAGAUGCUAAAACUUACGGCUCACGGAUGUUAUUAUCCGUAUUUGGAUGUUGCGAACGAUUGGAUACUGAAAGCAAUGGCGUGUUACAUAAUAUAGUAUUCUAUAGUUUUGUAUAUAAUUUCAUGAUGAUAAUUCAGAUUCAAAUGCUAAAAUUGCGUACAUUUACAUAUGUUUCUUAUUUUUCUAAGUUUCCAGUAAUAUUGAAAUAUAUCUUUAAAAAAUACAUGUCUUAAACUCUAAUAUAAACUUAUUAUACAAGUAAAAUGUCUUUGUUUG